AUGCUCACCUGCUCUGAUAUAAAGGACGGAACACCUAGACUUGACACCUCCGACUUCAUACAGUAUUCAAAACUUUACACAGUCACAACCCAAGCACAAAUCUUGAUCAUGCAAUUCACCACCCUCCUCACAACGCUCACCCUCUUGGGCAGCCUCGCUCUUGCAGCACCAAUCGACCCUCCUACCUAUUCCAAUACUGCCUCCGUCCCAGCCCAGAAAAGGGAUCCCAACCCCGCCCCCGCCGCCCGCCAUCGCAAACACCCUGAAGACAUAGAUCUAGGUUCUGGCAACGCUGUGGCCAGUGCGGGGAAAAGAGACCUCGAUACCCGCCAUCGCAAACACCCAAAAGGUACAGAGGGAGGAGAUUCUGGCAACGCUGUGGCUAGUGCUGGGAAGAGAGAUGUCGAUGCGUAG